UUACUUCUUUUUGGGAUCUUUUAAUCCAGCUCCAGCGUUAAAUUUGAAAAAUAUAAUAUCUCCAUCUUCAACAACAUAGUUUCGUCCUUGUUGGCGAUAUUUCCCUGCCGCCUAAAUGUAAGGUUAUUUAAAUAUUAAUGUAAAUAAUGGAUCAAACAUUUUAAAUCAAAUAUAUUUUUUAAUUACCUUGCAAGCAGCUUCAGUUCCUUCAUUUUUGAAAUCUUCAAAUUUCAUUACUUCUGCCAUGAUAAAUCCUUUCUCGAAAUCUGUGUGAAUUCUUCCAGCGGCUUGGGGUGCUUUAAAACCUUUCUUUAGAUAAUAAAAAACAAUAAAAUAAUUAGAAAUGUAAGUAAAAUACUAAGAACACAUGUUAUAUUCUAAUUUCUUAAAAUUUUAAGGUAUCUGUCAACCUUCAAAAUAAUUGUUUAGUAUAAAUAUGAAAAUAGUCCACUUGUGUAUUUUGCUUAUGUAUUAUACGUUUGUUUUAAUGUCAGUGUUGAUAUCACAAAUGUGAAAAGUAAAUCAAAGAAACGCCUUAUUUUUAAUAUAGAAAUUAUCCCCCAUUUAUGAACGCUUGAAUUUGUUUAAGUCUCGCCAAAUAAAAUAAAUAACACCAAGUACUUACAUAAUAAAAUAAUAAGAUUGAAAGACAAUCAGAUAAUAUAGUCAUAAAAUACAUUUAGAUGGUAGUUAGUUUAUUUGGAGUUAAAAAAAUAUAAUCAAUUUACUUGUAUUGUCCAAGCUUUAACUUCAUCGUGUCCAGCAGUGAAAAAAUACUGCAACUGCAAUGCUUUAUAACCUUGUACGAUGAUCUUGUCCAGAGCACUGUAGUAUUAAAUAAGACAAUUAUCUACUUCUAACAUGAAAUUGAUGAACAACUAACCUAGUAGCUUGAACUUCUUCUAAGUAUUUUUGACGUUCUGGUUCUUCCAUUUCAAUAAUUUUAUUCUCAAAUACCCCACUAAAUGGGAUAAUUAUUGCACCAGGGUCAUUUUUAUCAACCCAUUCUUUAAUUUUUAUCAACCAUUUGUUCUUUUUUCGAAUAUAAUCUUUUUCCGAUAGAUUUACCAAAUAAAUAACUGGCUUUGUUGUUAUGAACAUGUGUUUGUUGAGAAAUUCUAUCUGAAAGUAAUUAAUAAUUAUCUUAAUAAUAACUUAUAAAAGUUAUUUUAAUUGACAAACAAAUUAUUGGGCUUACAUCAAGAGCACUCCAAUCACUAAAUCUUAAAUGUUUCUUUUCAUCAACUAAAACUGUUUUGAUUUUUAGAAAAGUGUCCUGCAAAUUAUUACAAUUAUAAUGUUACAUAAAUAUUGCAUACAGUUUCGAUGGCAACAAAAUAUACAUAUUCAGGUUUGAGCUUUUUAUCUCCUCCACGUAUGGCCAACUUUUCAAGUUUUUCCAAAUUUGUAUUAAAAUAUUCCUCAUCUUUCAAACGGAGCUCCUCAUUGAUCACUUCCAUAUCUUUGAUAGGAUUAACUUCACCCUCAACGUGAAUAACAUCCGCAGAUUCAAAUGCACCUAAUUAACAUAAAAUAAUUAAUGAUAAUAUUUAGAUUAAAAAGAAUUACAAUUUCGAGACUUACAACUAUAAAUAAAAGAUAUUUAAUAAAUUUAAGGACAAAUAUAUAAUUUUAAUUAUUAUUGAUUGCUAUUAUUUUUAUAAUUAUUAUAUAAUAUAUUAUAAUAAAAUACAUAUAUGAAUAAUUAUUUUUGUUUUUAUAAAGUCAAAAAAAUUCAUCAAUAUUAAUAAUUUACAACACGGAUAUAAAGUUUUAAAACUCGAACUAUCUAAUAAAUAAACUUUUUAUAAAAAUAAACUUGUGAAAUAUAUAAUAACUUUCCUUUUUUUUUACGUGUUACUUUUUGUCUUUUUAUAUGGGCCAGAGAUAGAUCUCCAGAUCCAGUUGUUUUCCCAGUCUAAAAAUAUUCAAUAUUUUUUUUAUAAUACCACACCCUGUAUGUUUAUUCACAAUUUAUAAUUGCCACCUGUUUGCGAACAAACAAGAACAUAAUAUUAUGACGUACUUAUUUAAAUUAUUUUUUUAUUUAUUAUACAAAAUAUUAUAUUCCAAUUAAUACAUUUAAAAAAAAAUUAAAAAAUAAUGAUAAUAAAAAAAAUAGAUUUAAUUUAAAAUUAACCUUAAUCUAAUCUAACUUAGAAAAAUAUAAUAAUAUAUAAUGAAAAAUGUUUUAAUUUAAUAUUAUAAUUAUGUUAGUAAGUUAGGGUCAUUUAUAUCGCCCCAUUAGUAAAUCUUAUUAUGAUAGAUAAAAACUUAUCAUGAAUAAAAUCUCGAUAAAACCUUUAAAAACCUUUAUAGAUCAAACAAUGAAGUUUAAUAGAUUUUACAAAUACAGGGUGUAGUUAUAAACUGUAUAAAAAUUAUACUUACAAAAUAGUAUUGUAAAAAUAAUAAUAAUUAAAUACCAAUUAUUUUUUAGAUCGGGGAAAUAUGUUACGGGGAUGUGACCUGUGACCUGCAUUAUCUCUGCCUAACUUAAAUAGUUGUGGUUUUUAUGUCAAGUUUAGAGUUUUUAACCCUCAAUAUUGAAUUUAAAAGGCCAAUAUAAGAAAAUGACAGAGCCUUUUUUAAAAAUUUGAAUUUAUAAAAUACAUCUUAAGCUGUUUAAGAAAGAAAAUGAUGAACCAUUAUCACUUGUGAUUAUUGGACGAGAUUUUGCAAUAAGGCUUAUUAUUAUUAUGUAUAGGAAUAUUCUCUGUAUAGGCAUGAGAAUGAAAAUGUAAUUAAAUCUACAGAAUUGUACUCCUCAACAGGCUAUUUUCAGUAUAUCAGAAGGAAGACUAAGCAUUGCAAUAAUGUUUGAUAAUAAUAAUUUAUUUUCACUAUUAAUAGAACUUAUACUCACGACAUAAAUGGAAUAGAGCAUCACAUGCUUUUAUGUGGGAUAAAAAUGCGUUUCCUAGACCUUGUCCUUCCGCGGCUCCUUUUACCAAACCAGCAAUGUCUACAAUGUUCAAAAAUGCUGGGACUUUACUGAAAAAGAAAACCUUACAUUAAUAUCUUCUUCACAUAUAAUAUACACAAGUGGAUUUGAUCUACCUCUUACUCAGCUUUUAUUUACAUUUCUAAUUUGUCUAAUUUUUCAAUUAUUACAUAGUUUUUCUUCUUUUCUGAACGUACUAUCAUAAUUAAUUCUCAUUUAUUUUUCCCGUUGAACACGUUAAUUCUUGUGUUAACAUUCCUAAUGCUAUUCAAUAGGACCACAUUAAACAUUCACCUUAAUACUCUCAAUUCUGCUGACCAAUUUGUGUAUCUUCUCUUUUAAUUUGUAUCUAAGUAUGCGUAUAAAUGUAGUUGCAUAUCGUAAAUCAAGUACCUAUAUUAAGCUGUUGAGACUUGCGUAAUAUCUUAUCAAUAUUUGAAUUAUCUUUUUUUUAAAUGAAUAUUAGGUACGUUUUUAAUUUCUACUUUAUAUUUAUUUAAUACAUCACAACUUUACAGCACAGUCACUCUGUCCAGUAAGACCGUAUGCAAUAUAAAUUGAGCGGUGGAACAUUAUCUUAUGAAUAUUAAUUUUUUUUUAAACAGAAAAUAAAAAGAAAAAAAAAGUUUUAUAACGUGUAACAAUUAUUUUUAAAACUGACCAACAAAUUAUUGUUAGGUAUACUGGAUAUUUUUUCCCAUACAAAUCACCGAUGACUGUGGAAGCAGUUAAUAUGGAGUGAGAGGAAAAAGUGAUCUAUACAAUAGUUUACAAUAGUUAGAAAAAAAAACAUAUUGGACGCCCCGCGGCCCUUAGUACCUACCUAACCUGAAAAAUCUUUAUAGGUAUAGAAAAAAACGGGACCCGGCGCUUAUAUUAUUAAACGCGUAUUAAUUAUACGGAGGAAAAAAAAUUAGAUCUUUUUAAUCUUAAAACCGAAAUCCCGCGGUCGAGUUUAAUCAGUAGGACGUAAUAUUAUUAGGUAGGUAGGUAGGUUACCUAAAUAAAUUACACGAAAUGAAAUCACACAGCCGCCUGCCGGGACCGAGAGUUGAUUGGAUUUUCGUUCCUCUGGAAUUACACACACGUCCGCUACCACGCGAGAUUUAUCGAUAGAUCACACCCUGUAUACCGGCGAAAUGAAAGAGCCAGUUUUUUUACAAUAAGAACAAAAUUUCCGUCGUAAUUAUAUUUCGGCGUCGCUGGGACCUAUUUUGUCCCGAGGCUAGUAAUGGGGGUUCGGUUAUUUUCGUUUUUUUAUUCGCUCGCGGGCAUUUCACUAGAUAGGGUUAAGUCCAUAAAACAACACAAAAGUAUUUUAUUAGUCCGACGAUACUUUGGCAACACAUGUGGUUAGGUUAGCCCUCCCCGGGAUAGUAAUUGCGCGUAAUUGUCAGCGGCUACUGGUUAAAUUGGGAAAUUGUAAUUAUUUUAAACCAACGACGAUGAAAAACUGCGAUUUUUUCCCUGCCACUUUUAGAUUCCGAGCAAAAAUAUAUUGGCUUUACUAUGUGUACAUUUUUUCUGUCUAAAAACAAUUUUUAUACUAGAAACCCAUCUUCAAUAAUAAACUUUGGUGUCUUAAUGGUGAUGGUUUCUACUAAAAAAUGUUGUUUGGUUAGUGUAAUGAGGUUAUUUUUAAAUUUUCUUUGUAGUAUUCUUAAUAAUGGGGAAAACCUAAGAAAAACGCCGGGAAAACUUGAAUAUUUACACAAUAACUGUUUCUGUUAUGUGAUUUUUUUUUUUUUUUUUUGUAAUUCAGUUGGUGAUACAAUUAGAGGGCGUAGUAUCCUCUUUAAGUUCCCCACAAUGCAGAGAUAGAGCCCUAUAGAAAAUAUUUAUUUAAUAUUAUGGUAGGGCUCAAUCCUCUCCUUCCUCAAGAGUUCAUGAGAUGAUAUUGAAUUCAGUGAUAAUAAUCAUACAAAUUUGACCAUAUACUUAUAUAUUAUGUACUCUCGUAACUAGACGUUUCCAGACAUAGUACAAUUUUUUAAAACACUCUGGCAAUUAUUCAGUUAUUUAUCACUAUUUGAAAUACUUUAAUUGUAUUAGGUUUUUAUUUAGUUUUAUGUAAUUAAAAUUGUUUUGGUGCAGUGGAAAUAUUCGAAAAUUAAACACAAGGUUUAUCAAGAGUUGCAAGUAGUUGUAAAACAAAAAGUUGAACAUAAAUGCAGUAUUUUUUUCAUACUUGUAAAGUUCAUAUUUUAAAAUGCAUUUUUGUUAAGUCUGAAAAUAUAUACCUCUACUGCCCCAUAUUUUUCACUUAAAACAAAUAGUAAAAGCACUAAGUUGAAGAUAACAGAUAAUAUUGUUAUACAAAAUUAAUUUUUUUUUUUGGUGAAAAGAAAUUCUAUUUAAUAACGCUACACCAGAAUUCGUAAAAAGGUUAGUUACCUAAAUACAUUCUCAUAUAGUUAUGUCAAAUAUCAAUAGGCAGAAUAUAAUUUAAUGAAAAUAUAUCAGUUGUCAUAGAUAUCAUAUGUCAAGCCCACGAUACAUUUUUAUUUGAGUACCUACUUAAUUGUUAGUGAUAUUGCGUACUCUGAUUUUUACGAUCAAACUGAAAUUUAAUCAAUUUUUUUUUUUAUAUUUACAAACCCGAAGAGAAUACAACUAUUCAAAUAUUAUUUAAAUAAUAUUACAUUAACCAAAAACCUAUUUGGACCCAAGUUGAUACGUCCAUUUACUAACACCUUUAAAUUACCUAGUACUCUAAAAAUAAAUUUUAUUGAAAUACUUGUAACAAAAGUGGUUUAAUUUUUAAUUUUUCAAAUUAUUUGCAAUUUCUGUUUAAUUUUUGAACAAUUUAGAACAUUAGCAAUAAAGUACAAAAAUUAAAUACAUAGUAUAGUGACACAUUAAUAUUAGUUUUUUUUUUUUUGUUUAUCUGUGAAUUCAAAAAUUAUCAGUAUUCCAAAUUUUUAUGUUUUCACAUAUUCUGAUUUGAGUACCUAUAAUAUGCAAUCUGUGAGAGUUAAAAUAUGGACAAUUUGUUCAACAAGAAGUUGAAAUUUUUUCGUUUUGCUUAUUUUAGAAUAUUUCAUGAAUUAGAAAACUUUUAAACCCUUGAUUUUUGUUAUUAAUUAUUAUUCUAAUUAGUAAUUAAAUAAAAACCCAAAAACUGAUAGAAUAUUUUGAAAAUGAUAUCAUAGCUUCUUUUUAUAAAGUAAUAUUAGUAUAUAAAGUAUUUUAAGUAUUUGGAGAAUAUUUUUGCACUAAAUAAUUAUUUUCCAUUGAAUUAAAAUAAACAAAAGCAAAAUUAAUACAUUGUUAUUGUGUAAAUAUUAUUAAGUAAGUACCAUAACUAUAAGGGAGACACAAAAUGACCUUUUCAAUGUAUUAAUCGGAUCAAAUUUUCUACCAACUAUAAACUACUUCUGGUGGUGACUGUUAAAGUGAAAUUUCUGGUUAAAGAUUUGAUUACAGACAGAAAAAAAACAAUACAAAAUUCUAAAUUUAUUUACAUUCUAAUAAUAAAAUGUUGUUAGGUACAGACUUCCGUUUAAAGUGUUGCCAAUAAGUAACUGCUUUCUAAAGUAACUAUUGUAACUACGGCAAUUUUUAAGUUUUUACAGAAAUAUGAAAUAUUAUAAAAUUUAUUUACAGAUGUUUGAAAUAAAUAUAGAAAUAAGAUAUAUAUUUUUUUCACAUAUUAAUAAAAAUAUUUGCAUGCUUUCAAAGUAGGUAUAUACCAAGUGGCGUUUUUAGGGUUGUCUUUUUAAUUCACCACCUUGUUCACCUCAUCCCUCCUAAAAUUAUUUAUAAAAUAUAUUUGAAUAUACAAUUUAUUAUAAAAAAAACAUAUAUUAUUAAUGAAAGUAAAAUUUUACUUAAUAUCUUGUUUUGCAAUUUAUAAAUUAAUUAUACAUUUUUUCUUUCUCAGCAAAUGCAUCAAUUAAAUCAUCAAAAUUUAAAUUUGACUAUAAAUCUGCUUAAAUAAUCAAUAUUGUCAAACUAUUGAGUAAUUCAGCAUCCAUAAUACCUACAGUACUCACACAUUGCGUAUAUGUGUACUUAUGAUAUGUUGCUAUUCAAUUUUGAGAGGCCAGGCGCGAUUGUUUAACUUAAAAUUAUAAUUUUUCUACUUAACAAAUUAGUAAAAUUAGAUUUCAUCAAAUGAAAAUUCAUGUUUUGUGAUUUUGUUAAAAAGAAUACAAUUUACAGCCGUUUUCCAGAUCUGUACCUAAAUACGUCUCUGUACUAACGUCACGUCCAAAGUAUUUUUAAUAGAAUAAUUUAAAUGCAUCUGUAAUCUACAAAUCAUGGUCUUGAGACUUGGAGUAAGCACUGAGAAAUGUAUAAUACAGCCUUAUAGCUCACUUCACAUAGUUUUUGAUUAUUAAUAAAUAGUAGUUACUAACCUGGGUGGUUUGAAAUAUUCACAUAAAUAAUCAAAUCGUGAAUCAGGUACUGGUACCCGACUUGCUGAAAGAAAAAAAAACCCAUCAUUAAUUUAUUAAAUUACUGAAAUAUGUUAUUCAAUGUACCAGUGGUGUAAGGGAAAGGAACUUGGUGUCAAAUUCCCCAUUGGCUUUUCUUUUACAUAGUUUUUAAAUUAUAUACACUAUACUGCAAUAGAUGUACUAGGUACUAGAUAUAUGCAUUUUUUUUUACAUUUAAAGUAGGUACCUAUUAUAUACUUUACUCAUAGAGACUACUAUGCCAGUUCACAAUGUUCUAUAGGUACUUUAAAGAGAUUCAAACUACUUGUGAAUUAUGGUGUCAGAGAUAUGUUCAUGAUUAAAAGAUAUGAUACUAUACAAACAUUACUUACUUAAUAACUAAAUAUUUUGUUCAGUAGAAUCAAUUAUAUAAAUUGCCUAUGCUGGAAGUACAAAGAAAUGUAAGGAUAGAUUAGAGUAUAUACUCGGGAAUAAAAUGUUUUGAAGCUAAGAAGAGUAGAUCUGUUAUUGUAAUUUGCAUAAUUGGUUUGUUCUUAAUAUCUAUAAUUCUACCAAUCAAUUACCUAUUAAUUAUCUUGUUUAAACGUAAGACAAUAUUAUAGGUAGUAUUACCUUUUUAUUUUCUAAACCCUAAAAAUAGGUUAUAGCCAAUAAGCACAUAGUCCCUUUAUAUAGGUAUGAUUUUCAAAAAUUGUCCAUCCCUUUCUCCUCCAAGACCUAAUCCAAAUUAUGCCACUAUAAGCAUAGGUAUAUUUGUAAGAGUAUAUGCAAGCUACAUAAUAUAACAAAUACUUAUUUUCAUUCGGAUCAAUGGUACAAAAUGGAAAAUUUUCAGCAGCAGCCUCGCUCUUAGUGAGUACAUUGAAAAAUGUUGAUUUGCCAACAUUUGGUAUACCAACAAUUCCAACUUUUAAAUUGGUGCCAACACGUCCAAUAAGUGGUUUUUUUUCAGGACCCUCGACUUUUUUUGGCGGCAU